CUAUCUAUUCACACACACCUCCUCUCUGCCCAUCCUACCCUUCACCCAUCCCUCGCCUGCCCCACACUCCCAUCUAUCCAUCCCCUGUCUCGUACCCCCUCUGUCUGUGUGUCCGUCCCCCUCUCUGUGGCUCGAGCUAACCGUCCCUCCAUCCCCCCCGGCAUGAUGCGGAUGGACCCAAAACCAGCAACUGAAGAACGUGGCCCCAUUUGUCCUGACACCCCUAAACCGGGUGGCUCGGGCACAGACCUCGGGUGUCUCACUGGUUAGCGACGCUGCUGGGGAGCGGUCUACCCAGGAUUCACGACCCCCCUUCUCUUCCCUGCUUCAUUCCAGGGCUGAGCGACUUCCCCAUGUGCCACCAGGCCAGCCUGGUGGGCAACCCCCGUGGGUACGGGCUGGUGCCGGGCAGCGAACAUGCCGGACAUGCCGAUGAGUCCCGGUUCUCCACGCCCCGCAGCGCGGCCAAGCUGACCAAGAAGCGGGCGCUGUCCAUCUCGCCGCUGUCCGACGCCAGCAUCGACCUGCAGGCCGUGAUCCGCACCUCGCCCAGCUCCCUGGUCGCCUUCAUCAACUCCCGCUGCGCCUCCGCCAGCGGCUCCUCCCGGGCCCUCUCCCUCCAGGGGCGGAAACAGGAAUUUGUCAGCGGGACCAGUGCACCCCCCGGGGGCUACAGCAGCCUGGCGCAGUACAUGCUGGGGGUGCACAUGCGGCGGCACACGGGGGAGAAGCCUCACAAGUGCACG